AGCAGAAGAACAGCUUCCGGGGCUGACUUUCUCUUCUGUUACCAAUCCCCGUGGGAAUUAAUUAAAUUCCGCCAAACACAAUCAAAACAAUUGCACCCGUCCGCGGGAUAGAGUGUGAAAAACAAACAAGUACCUACCUCUUAAGCGCGGGUGGAAUCCCAGCCACCGGAACCCGCGGGAGGAAAUUGAAGAAGAAAACACUGUGGCACCGGCAAGUGCACCGGCUGACGAAAACGGCAUGCACAAUGCAGGAAUGGUUGAAAAUCUCGCUGAUGCUGUGUACGUUUGGCUUCUUCCGGGAGAUGCGUCCCUCGGAACCGUUCGUUACCGAGUUUCUGUCGGGCGAGUGGCGUGACAUUGAACCGGAGCAGCUGAACCGCGAGGUGUACCCCAUCGGCACGUACAGCCAUUUGGCGCUGUUGAUUGUGGUGUUUCUCGUGACGGAUAUUUUGCGAUACAAAUCGAUAAUCAUAUUUUCCGCCUGCGUUGGGAUCGUGAUAUGGUCAUUGCUGCUGUGGACUACCUCACUGGCCGCACUGCAGGUGGUUCAGGUCCUUUACGGAAUGUACAUGGCAGCCGAAGUGGCGUAUUACACAUACAUCUAUGCGAAAAUUAGUCGAGAUAAGUAUCAACAAGUGACGGGCAACACCCGAGCGGCCAUCCUGAGCGGACGGUUUCUGGCAAGCGUCCUAGGUCAGGCCCUGGUAUCCACCGGUGCCAUGGAUCUACGGGAGCUGAACUAUAUCACGCUGGGCGCACAAGCAUUUUCCCUGUUGUGGUCGUUUACUUUACCACCGGUCAAAAGCAGCAUCUACUUUUAUUCCGACGGCGACGCCGGCAGUGAAAGCCAGCAAGAUUCGAGCCAAGCCGGCGACAACGGUGACGGUGGACAUAAGCGCGAUGCUCGAGCGGAAAUUGAAAACGAUAGCCGUAGCGCCAGUACCAUUUCAGUGUGCAGCCGCAAUGGAACCGUUAGUGCCAUGAACGGUGAGCAAACAAAGUCCUCCGCUGCGGUAGCUGCUGCUGUCAACGGUGACGGUAGCCAUAAAAGCCAAGAUUCCAACAGCAGCAGGAGAACUUCAAAGGUCCAUUUCUCAUGCCACCGGGCUGGGCAGCUGAUAUGGACGCACUUUACUUUGGCGUACUCCAACCUCACCAUAGUACAGUGGAGCCUGUGGUGGUCGCUGGCGAUGGCCGGUUUCAUUCAGGUGCAAGUCUACGUUCAGCUUCUGUGGCAGGAGAUUGACCAGGAUCAAGAAUACCUCUACAAUGGCGGGGCGGAAGCUUUGCUGACCUUGUUCGGUGCCAUCAGUGCCAUUGUGGCCGGUUACGUGGCGAAUAGGCUCUUCGAACAGUGGACCCUCUGGAUCCUGACCGUGUGCUCUGGCCUGCAGGGUGGAUUGAUCCUAUAUUCCGGCUUCUCGACAAAUAUUUGGGCUGCAUACACUGUUUACAUUCUGUUCGGUGCGCUGUACAUGUUCAUGAUAACGAUGGCCAGUGCAACCGUGGCCAAAUAUCUGCAACAGGACAGCUUUGGAUUAAUUUUCGGCAUAAAUACGUUUGUCGCGUUGGUCUUCCAGUCCAUCCUGACCGUGGUGGUUAUUUCCGAGUCGGGCCUGAUGCUUUCGCCACGAGGCCAGUUCAAAGUUUACGGUGGCUAUUUCCUGGUGUUGGCGGUGGUGUAUUUCGUGCCGGCAACUAUUAGCAGCGUGCGGCAUUGCAGGGCCGGUGGCAGGACGCAGGCCACUUUUGGCGACGAGGGCAAACAAGUUGAUCAUGCCACAGGCGGAGGUCAGCGCCAGUCGGAUAUUGUGAGUACUCAUUUUUAAUUGCCUCGGGAAAGUGUUGUUGGUAGUUUGUGUAGCAAUUAGUU